GCCGCCCCCGCCCGCCGCGCCCGCGCCGCGUUCGUCGGAGUGGAGACGGUCGGAGACGCCCGCGCGGCAUGCGGCGGAUCAGAGAGGCGAGAUGACGACUGGAAAGAAGGUGGGGCGGCGGAAAGACGACAUGGUAUGGAGACUGUGGACAACACUUCUAGUCGUCAUCUGUUCAGUUGACAUCUCAAAUGCGCAAUGUUUCGGCGGCACGCUGACCUUCGAGAAGACGGUGGGUCGCACGUUCCAGCCGUCGGGCGCCGAGAAGCGUGACCUGCUGGUCAACACCAACUCUCCCGUGCUGCGGGACUGCACGGCGAUCUGCAGCCAGGCCACCUACUGCAGCGGCUUCGUGCUCGACUAUGAGGAGGGCAGGUGCGUGUCGUACGACCUGGAGUCCGCCACUCGAGAGAGUGAUCUGAUCGACAAAGAAGGCACCAGCUACUACGAGGAGAUCUGUCUCCGUGGCGUGGCGGAGGAGUUCACCGAGAUGUGCGGUGACGACCGGCUCUGGGCGUUCGAGCGCGUGUUGGGCGCCAUGCUGGAUGGGUUCGACACGAAGGAGAUGCCUUCGGUCCAGAGUCGCGUCGACUGCGAGCGCGCCUGCCUCAUGGAGAAGGAUUUUCAACUGUCAGCCGAUUACGACAGCGUGGAGCGAGUGUGUCGGCUCAGCAAGGAGGACCGGCGCACGCAGCCACAGGCCUUCCGCCGCGGCCGCAGCACCAUCGAAUAUCUGGAGAACCAGUGCGCCAGGCAGCUGCCCGACUGCCGGUACGACCCUCCCCAGCGGGGCGUGAUGGUGCUGACGCCGGACUCGUUGGACUUCGCCGAGUCGUCAGCCGCCUGCGAGGCCGCCUGCACCCGCGAGCGUCGCUUCGUCUGUCGCAUGUACACGUUUGACCGGGUCAAGAACCGCUGCUACCUGAGCGGGGACGACUUCGUCAGCCUGGGCCGAGUCGAGCUGCCGGCCAUGGAGGGCGCCGUCACCAGCCAGCGCGUCUGCACGCUUGAGUCAUGCGACGACGGUGUGCUGACGUAUGAGAAGGUCACCGGUCAUAUUCUGCGGGGCGCCAACCAGGAGCCGUUCCCGCUGCCGCCCUCAGCCGACCAGGGCAUCACCACCCCGUGCAGUGACCAGUGUGAUGAGACGGGCACCGAAUGUCCGGCGCUGGUGAUCGACUACUUCAGCCAGCGCUGCUACCGGCUGGACCGCAACACGCAAGGCCGGGUGCAGGACCUGCAGGCCAGGGAGGGCUUCAACUACUUCGAGAAAAUCUGCCUCAUGGGGCCCGCCGCCACCAGCUGCCGCGGCCGAACCUGGGCAUUCGAGCGUGUGCCAGGCAUGCAGCUGAGAGACCACGACGACCGUGUGCUGAGGGCGGUACCUAACCGCAAGGACUGCCAGAACGCCUGCUUGGCUGACAACUGCAGGUCUGCCACCUUCGACGCAGAGACGCUGGAGUGCCGCCUGAGCAGGGCCAGCCGGCGCCAGUUCCCGGACGACUACGUGGAAGCCGGCCGAGGCGUCGAGUACCUAGAGAACCAGUGUCUGGGCGCGGACACGCGCUGCGACUACGUGCCGACCACGGACAAGUACCCGCGCUACAUCGACCUGACGAUCCCGCGCGUGGACCGCAUCACGGACUGCGAGCGGCUCUGCACGAACAACCGCCAGUUCGUGUGCCGCUCGUUCGCUCUGUACACCACGGCCGGACAGUGUCUGCUGAGCGGAGACGAUGAGAUCUCGGCCGGUGAGAAGGCCUAUCUGUCACGCGCCGGGACGGACUUCUACCAGCGGGACUGCGUGGGUCGUCGUCCUGGCGGCGGCGGCAGACCUGAUGGCGGCAGGCCUGAUGGCGGCAGGCCUGAUGGCGGCAGGCCUGAUGGCGGCAGACCUGAUGGCGGCAGGCCUGAUGGCGGCAGACCUGAUGGCGGCAGACCUGACGGCGGUAGACCCGGCGGUGGGCGACCAGAUGGUGGGCGGCCGGACGGCGGACGACCAGACAGCGGGCGGCCGGGAGGCGGGAUCGACUGUGACCAGUACGAGCUCAUUACGGGCGUGGAGAUGCGACAAAUCCGGGGCUCAGAGCUCGUCUCGGACUUCGACAACCCCGGCAUCAUGGCCGAAUGCACCAGGGAGUGCACCCGGUCUCGACGCUGCUCGGCUUUCAACCUGGAGCACCGCGGGCGGGACCGGCGGGCGCGCGAAGCCCGCUGUUCGGCCCUCGAGCUGCGCGAGAACAUCGAGGUCGACCCCCGCGACCUCACCGACACGCCCGGCGUCAGCUUCAUGCAGAAGAUCUGCCCCAGAAGUCGGGGGUGCGGCAAACUGUACACAUUUGAGCGACUGGUGAACGCCGAGCUGUCCGUGCGGGAGGACAGGCUAGUCCGUGACGUCACCAAGCUCGAGUGCCAGGACGAGUGUCUGCAGGAGACCAGAUUUGACUGCAGAUCCGUCACGUACGACUACAGAGAACGGCUGUGCCUGCUGAGUCGCGAGAACAGACAGAGCGCUCCCCGAGCGCUGAGGCGCACCAACGGCAGGGACUACUUCGAGAACCAGUGCGCCAGGGAGUUCCGAGAGUGCUCGUACCGGAACGAGGACCGCGACGUGUUCCUGGUGUACACGCACAAGGCGGUGUCCGAGUUCAGCGACUCGCGAUGCCGCGAGGCCUGCGACCGCGAGCGCGACUUCAACUGCGCCUCCUACUCCUUCCUCGCCACGGGCCGGGACCGGCAAGCCUCGUGCUUGCUGUCUGGGGUGCGUGCCAACGACCUGGAUCGCAGCGGGGUGCAGUUCCUGGAUGGCGCCCUGUACGCCGAGCGCAUCUGCCAAGACCGGGCGUCCGGAAGGCCGGACGGCGGAGGACGGCCCGACAGCGGGGGAAGACCCGGCACUGGGGGAAGACCCGGCAGCGGGGGACGGCCCGACAGCGGAGGAAGACCCGGCACUGGAGGAAGACCCGACAGCGGGGGACGUCCUGGCGGCGGGGGAAGACCCGGCAGCGGGGGAAGGCCCGGCAGCGGGGGAAGGCCCGGCAGCGGCGGAAGGCCCGACAGUGGCGGGAGGCCGGGCUCGGGUGGCCGCCCCGAUCCAGACGACGACUCAACCACAACAGGCGGCAACGAGGUGGACACCGGCGGCCGCCGGUCGCCCGACAUCCAGCGCUGCCGCGUCACUCCCACCUACGAGAAGGUGCUCAACGUCGAGUACCGGCCGGCUCGCCGCUUCGAGAUCGAGGCACGCGGCCGCGGCCGCGGCGUCACCGUGCCCUGCCUGCUACAGUGCGAGCGGAAUCGUCGCUGCCUGGGCAUCAGUCUGGAGUACGGCGAGCAGGGCGAGCGCUGCUACGGCCUGGAGACCUCGGCCGGCCAAGAUGGCGGCACGCUCAGCGUCGCCGACGGCAUGUCCUACUUCGAGAAAGUCUGCAUCGAAGAGCGCACCUGCGGCAAGGGCUGGACCUUCGAGCGCGUGCCGAACUACGUGAUCGAAGGUCACGACGAUCUGGUGAUCCCUCGCGUCAGGAACAAGGAGAUGUGCGAGACGCUCUGUCUGCAGAACAUUCGCAUGCCGUGCCGAUCGGCUGAGUACAAUGUCCGCGAGCAAACGUGCGCCCUGUCAACCCAGACCCGCCGCACCCAGCCCUCCGAGUUUGUGUACGACGCCGACGUCGAAUACCUGGAGAACCAGUGUGCACCCGACCCGCCCAACUGCGAGUACCGGGAUGUUGAGAGCCGGUUCCUGCCCUUCGUGGACCGCAUGAUCGCGCGGGUCGCCAACAAAGCCGAGUGUAUGCGCAGCUGUGACGUGGAGCUCGACUUCAAGUGCCGCAGCUACAACUACAACGACCGGCGGCGGGAGUGCACGCUCAGCAGUGACGACACGGGCAGUCUGGGUCUGAGGGAGGCUCCCCAACCCGGCUUGCUGGGGCUGGGAGAGACUACCCAACCCGGCUUGCUGGGGCUGGGAGAGGCCCCCGAACCCGGCUUGCUGGGGCUGGGAGAGGUUCCUCAACCCGGCUUGCUGGGACUGGGAGAGGCUCCCCAACCCGGCUUGCUGGGACUGGGGGAGACUCCCGAACCCGGCUUGCUGGGGCUGGGAGAGGCUCCCCAACCCGGCUUUCUGGGACUGGGAGAGGCUCCCGAACCCGGCAGGCUGGAGCAAGAAGAGGCUUCCGGAACCGACAGACCGGAGCAGGCAGAGACUAUCGAGUCUGACCAGCUCCAGCUGGCAGAGGCUCCCAAGCCGGGCCUGACGAAAACCGGACCACACCCGGAUCAGAGAGAGACGGAGUACAGUGGCACCGCGGAGGACGUCCCACCAGGACAGCAAGUUCAGGUGGAGUGCAGCAAGAACGACAUGCAAGUCACCUUCAGCUUCGGGAGCCGUUUCGAAGGCCGAGUGUACGCCACGGGCAACGCGCAGGCCUGCUUCGACAUGGGCAACGGCCGACAGACUGUGCUGCUCUCCAUCCCGUUGGGCAGCCGCUGUGGCACCGUUGAGGAGGGUCGCGGCCGGUACGUGAACCACGUGGUGAUCCAGCAGCACCCGACCAUCAUGCAGGAGUCGGACAAGACCGUGCGGGUGGAGUGCACGUUCGACGCCAACGACCAGACGGUGACUCUCGCGCCCACCGGCAACCGCUUCACUGAAGGCGGCGGCGUCGACGUCAACGCGCCCUUUCGGCCCGUGGGUACUUCGGUGGUUACGAACACUGCGCCGACCCCUAGUGUUAGUCUCCGAAUCGUCGGACGCCAGGGUCGCGACACGAGCGAGGUCAGCCUGGGUGAGGAGCUGACCUUCAUGAUCGUCGCCGACCCGGGCAGCGCCUUCGGUAUCCUCGGCAAGGGCGUCGAGGCGCGCACCGACAACGGAGAGCUGCUCGCGCUCAUCGACGACCAGGGAUGUCCUCGGGACGCGAGCAUCUUCCCGGCCCUGGAGAUCGACAGGGAGUCCAAGAACCUGAUGGCUAACUUCAAGGCGUUCCGCUUCCCCAGCACGGCGCGGGUCAACUUCUUCGCCACCGUGCAGUUCUGCCAGGACGAGUGUCCGCCGGCGCGCUGCCCCUCGGGCAACUCGUACGGCCGUCGCCGCCGCUCGCUGAACGAGACCGGAGCGGAGGACGUCGCGGAGAAGAAACCCGCCAGCUCGGCCGCCACC